AUGACUCUCGCUAUGUGGUCGUACCGGCUUCGCAAAACACCGAUGUUCGCUUUAGUACUGCCCAUAGGACUGCUGGUGGUGUUGUUUUGGGUAUUCUUCAGCAAGGAGGAGUCUUUGCUGGGGCUAGAGGGCUCUUCUAUUGCCACGCACAAGUGGGCACACGAAAACGAAAAGACAUUUUAUUUCCCAUAUGCUCGGAAGUUUAAGAAUGCUAAGUAUUCCUACAAGAAGAAGUCGAAUUGGCUAUUUAGUGACACUGUCGAGGAUAACAUUCCAGCGGGCCACAUCACGCAUUUCGAUCUCAACAAGUUGGAGUCCACCGCUAACGCGGCUGUCAAUAAAGAGCAAGUUUUGAUCUUGACACCAAUGCAGACUUUCCACGAAGAAUAUUGGAGCAACCUUCUACAGAUGACCUAUCCCCGUGAGUUGGUCGAGCUUGGAUUCAUUAUUCCAAGGACUAAAAGUGGAGAUAACGCGCUUCGCAAGCUCGAGACAGCCGUCAAACAGGUUCAGGUAGGUAAAAAAGAGCAACGUUUUGCCAAGAUCACCAUUCUCAGACAAGAUUCACAAAGUUUCGAUUCGCUAUUAGAGAAAGAAAGACAUGCCCUUAAGGUUCAGAAGGAAAGGCGUGCUGCUAUGGCGCUGGCUCGUAACGAGCUCCUGUUUUCAACUAUCGGCCCACAUACCGCAUGGAUCUUGUGGAUGGAUGCCGACAUUAUCGAAACUCCUCCCACUGUAAUUCAGGACAUGACGGCUCAUGAUAAAGCCAUUUUGGCUGCCAACGUUUACCAGAGGUACGAGGAUGACAAGACUGGUACUAAGCAAAUCCGUGCCUACGAUUUUAACAAUUGGGCUGAAAGUGAUAUUGCUCUGCAAAUGGCUGCUAACAUGGCCGAUGACGAGGUCAUUUUUGAAGGUUAUUCCGACAUCGCUACUUACAGACCUUUGAUGGCAUAUCAGUAUGAUGCUAAUGGCGCGGCCAACACCGAGACCAAGCUUGAUGGUGUUGGUGGUGGAUGCACGCUAGUAAAGGCGGAAGUCCAUAGAGAUGGUGCCAUGUUCCCAAGUUUCCCAUUUUAUCAUCUAAUCGAAACUGAAGGAUUUGCUAAAAUGGCGAAAAGAUUAGGAUACGAAGUUUUUGGUUUACCAAACUACUUGGUAUAUCAUAUUGAGGAGCACAAUUAG